GUUUUAAAGUGUAUUUUGUAUUUAUCGACUUGGGUGUUCACAGGCCCACAAAGACAAGAUGGUGGGGAUUGCCAGCUUCCUCAUCCUGAUGAUCUGAUUGGAUGAUGGGAUGGCGCAGCAGAUCCCUGAAGUGUUGGUUCAUCUUCCACAAGGAGUGUUCCAAGUGUUUGAGAGGCUGAAGCUCAGGAUGUCUGCACACUGAUUUGGAUGAGUUGCAAAGUUUAGUUCCAGUUUUUGCUCACCAGUUCCUCCAGCGGGCGCACCCUCUGACAUCGCCGUCAUGGGGGUUCUCUUCCUCAACCUGUCGGUGCUUUUCAUCGAGCACAGGCCCGUCAACAACACGCUUUCCGAGAAGACGGUGUACGAGGGCUGCAGGAACAUGCCGGCCGUCCUCAUCUGGUACCUGGGCCUGCAGUUCAUCAACAUGUUCUUGGGCAUCCCGGCCAACAUCAUGGUGCUGUGGCUCAUUCACAAGAACAAGGGUGACUCGUCCACGUCGGACAUCUUCAUCCUGCACUUGGCCGUGCUGGACGUCCUCUUCUGCCUCAUCCCCCCCUUGGAGCUGGCCAACAUCGUCUUCCUUACCACUAGCAGCACCUGGUACGUCCUGCGCUUCUUCUAUGGUAUGAAAGACUCCUCGCCGCUCUUCCUCUCAUGCAUCUGCCUGGACCGCUACAUGGCCGUGGUGCACCCCAUCACCUUCACCAAGCUGAAGGACCGUCAGCACCGGGCCGGCCUCGCCAUGCUGGUGUGGCUCAUCACGCUGGCCUACGCCGCUGCCAAAUGUGUAGGCAACAUCGUCAACUUUGAAAAGGUCUUCGCCGCCAUGAUCCUCGCCGCCUUUGCCGUCAUGGUGUUCUGCAACAUCGCCAUCCUGUGGGUCCUGCGGCAGUCUGGGCCCGGCCGAGACGAGAUGCACCCGGUGAAGAAGAGGGCCUUCAAGACGGUGCUCAUAAUCUUGGCCAUCAUUGUGUUCAACUACUUCCCGCCGGUGGCGCUGUUUCCAUUCCAGCACUACUUCUCGCCCAAUGUCUUCCGCUGCUACGUCCACUACGUCGCCUUUGGCCUGAUGGACUUCAGCAGCAGCAUCCAGCCCAUGCUCUACCUGUCCAAGGAGAAGGUUUCCUGUCCCAGCUGUUGCCAGCCCAACUCCACACACCUCCGAUAGCUUGUCCAAUGUCUCCAUUUUUGUUGUACCAGGUGCUUGGAGACAUGUGUACGAUCAAAUGAGAUCCAUUACAAAAGAUGUAGAUGACCACCAUGUAUCCCACCAGAUAUCUCCUGCAUUUUUUGUUGUCAUGCAUUCCAAGACACAAAUAAGAGAACAAUUAGAGAUCAGGCCUGUCCAAAACUGAGUGAUACUGGGGACACUUCGAUAUUUGUCUUCUUUACCUUCAGUCCUUUAGUUGUUUUAGUAUUAAGCAUGCUAAAACCAAGUUAAUUUAGGUCAAGAUAGCGAAGAAGUUAAACAUUCAACAGAAAAAAAGGCUUUGUGUGAUAGGGGACAAAGCAAACAAGUUAUUGGUAUUAUUAUCCAUUCAAUUUUUCUUGUAAUAUUUUACUUUUUCCUUUUCAAUGUGAUUCCCCUUUGUGACGUUGGUCCCCCUCGUGUGUAGCUGUCUUGGGUAUACUGAAUGUAUGUUAAGAAAGAAUAUUUCAUUGUU